AUGGUUCUCGUUUCUUUGCUCGACCGUAUCGAUAUUCCGGAGACAAACGUUGCUAAUUAUGUUCUGGACAACUGCGAGCGCAUCGGUGGCCCCGACCACACGGUUUUCUUGGACUCGGCUACCGGAUACGCGCUGACAGCUGCAGAACUCCGCUCGUAUGUGCGCCGACUGGCAGCCGGGCUGCGCCAACAUUUCGGCAUCAAGCGUGGAGACGUGGUUGCAAUCUUUGCGAGCAACAGCGUCAACUUUCCUAUUGUUGUCUACGGUGUUGUCGCUUCAGGCGCAACGUGCACUACAGUGAACCCGACAUAUACUCCGCGGGAGCUCGAGCACCAGCUGACAGAUUCGCAAGCCACAAUGAUUGUGGUGGGAGGUGGCCUGCUUGACACGGCUCUGGAGGCGUUUUCCCACAUGGACGACAGCGCCAAGCCCAAGCACAUUCUGCACAUGGACGAGGCACGCACUGGCAAGGAGGACUCGAUUUUCUCAGCAAUGGCUGAUGAGACCGCUGGCCCUGUGGACGAUGGCCUGCAGCCAAGCGACUACAGCACUACACCAGCAUACAUUUGCUACUCGAGCGGCACAACGGGCCUGCCCAAGGGGGUCCUGCUGUCGCACCGCAAUAUGGUUGCCAAUGCAAUGCAGAUCCAGCGGGUCAAGGAGCUGGACCUGGAGCGGAGCCAGGGCAGCCGCCACGAGAUAUUCCUCGGGCUGGCACCCUUCUGCCAUGCGUAUGGGCUAUCGUAUGUGUUGCACAGCUCGGUGGCUCUGGGCGGUACCAUCGUCAUCAUGUCGCGGUACUCGUUCGACGGGUUCCUGAAGGCCAUCGAGACGCACCGCAUCACAUUUGCGUACCUUGUUCCGCCGCUGGUGUGCGCGCUGUCCAAGGACCCACGCGUGGACGACUAUAACGUGUCGUCAAUGCACACGGUCCUGUCGGGCGGCGCGACUCUGAGCCCGACGCUUAUUGAGGCGACACAGAAGCGCCUGCCGCAUGUGCGGGUGAUCCAGGGCUACGGCAUGACGGAGAUGAGCCCGGCCAUCACAAUGCUGGCGACUUCCCACAAUGAGCCGGCGUCGAUUGGCAUUUUGAUGGCCAACUGCGAGGCCAAGGUGGUUGACCACGACAACAACGAGGUCGCUGCGCCAGGCGAGCCCGGCGAGCUGUGCUUCCGCGGACCCAACAUCAUGGUUGGGUAUCUGAACAACCGGCGCGCUACUGAGGACAUCUUUGACAGCGACGGGUUCCUGCACACGGGCGAUAUUGGGUACGUCGACAGCAAGGGCUUCUUUUUCAUCACUGACCGCAAGAAGGAGAUUAUCAAAUUCAAGGGCUUCCAGAUCAGCCCGUCCGAGCUCGAGAGCAUUCUGGCCGAGCACCCAGAUAUCGCUGACGCAGCGGUCAUGCCGGUGUAUGAUGACAGCCAGGCAACGGAGGUGCCCAGGGGCUUUUUCGUCAUGAAGGACAGCGGCAACAACGACCAGGAGCGGGCCAAGGCAGUGGUCGAGUGGCUGCAUGAGCGGGUUGCUGGGUUCAAGCGGCUGCGCGGCGGGUUUGUGAUUAUCGACCACAUCCCACGCAGCCCGGCCGGCAAGAUCAUCCGCAAGUCGCUCCGCGAGAUCCAGCAUGUCAACCUUGGCAAGGCAACAGUUGCGGCCUAG